UCCAAGCGUGUGGUGAAGCCGUCCUCCGCCGUAAGCAGCGAUGUGACGUCCCUGGCAGCCCAGAGCGCAUCUGGUAACGAGGCUGCUGGAGAGCAGGACAGCGACGCGGAGGAGCUGACAGAAGAAGCAAGAGAAGGCGCCUUCUCCAAUUUUCCUCUCUCCCAAAACACCAUCGACCUUCUCAAAGCUCGAGGUGUAAAAUACCUGUUCCCUGUGCAAGUGAAGACUUUUCAGCCCAUAUAUGACGGCAAAGACCUAAUUGCUCAAGCUCGAACAGGAACCGGGAAAACCUUUUCUUUUGCUAUUCCGCUGACUGAAAAACUUCAGAGUGUCUCGCAAGAUGGGAGAAGAGCACGUUCACCAAAAGUUCUCGUUCUUGUUCCAACCAGGGAACUGGCCACUCAAGUCGCCAAAGACUUCAAGAAUCUCACCAGGAAACUGUCAGUGGCUUGUUUUUAUGGAGGAACUCCGUAUAAAGCGCAGCUUGAUCUCCUUAAAAGUGGCAUCGAUAUUCUAGUGGGAACUCCUGGACGGAUCAAAGACCACAUUCAGAACAGCAAGCUGGAACUUUCCAGUGUGAAGCACGUUGUUUUGGAUGAAGUUGAUCACAUGUUAGACAUGGGCUUUGCUGAACAAGUGGAAGAAAUCUUAGGAUUUGCUUAUAAAAAAGGUUCCGAGAACAACCCCCAGACACUGCUGUUUUCUGCUACUUGUCCACGAUGGGUAUAUGACGUAGCAAAAAAAUACAUGAAAGAUGAAUAUGAACAGAUUGACCUGAUUGGAAAGAAAACUCAAAGGACUGCCAUGACUGUGGAACACUUGGCCAUACAGUGUCGCUCAUCUCAGAGAGCAGGAGUUCUUGGGGAUAUCAUUCAAGUCUACAGUGGCAGCCACGGGCGGACCAUUGUCUUUUGUGAGACCAAAAAGGAAGCAAAUGAACUGGCUAUGAAUGCUUCGCUCAAACAGGAUGCCCAGUCGUUGCAUGGUGACAUUCCACAGAAACAGAGAGAAAUUACAUUAAAAGGCUUUAGAAAUGGUGUGUUUGAAGUUCUGAUUGCGACAAAUGUAGCUGCCCGUGGUUUGGAUAUUCCUGAGGUUGACCUUGUUAUACAGUGUUCACCACCAAAAGAUGUUGAUUCCUACAUCCAUCGUUCUGGACGUACGGGUCGAGCUGGCCGGACUGGGAUCUGCAUUUGUUUAUUUCAAAGAAGAGAAGAAGACCUUCUGAAACAAGUUGAGCACAAAGCGGGAAUUACAUUUAAGCGUGUAGGCGUUCCCUCUGCUACAGAUGUAAUUAAAGCUUCAAGUAAUGAUGCCAAAAAGUUGUUGGAGGCCAUUCCUCCUUCUGCAGUAGACUACUUCAGAAAAUCUGCUGAAGAGCUCAUAGAUGAAAAAGGGGCGGUUGCUGCCCUGGCUGCAGCUCUAGCCCAUAUUUCUGGGGCAUCUUACAUACAGCAGCGCUCCUUGCUCAACUCAACGGCGGGCUUUGUGACCAUGGUGUUAAAGUGUUCGAUAGAAAUGCGUACCAUGAGCUAUGCCUGGCGAGGACUAAAAGAACAGCUUGGUGAGGAAGUGGAUGCCAAAGUAUCUGCGAUGCGUUUCCUCAAGGGGAAGACGGGGGUGUGCUUUGAUAUCCCUGUUGACGAACUGAGUAAUGUACAGGAACAGUGGAGGGACACCAGGCGUUGGCAGCUGUCAGUGGCAAAAGAAUUGCCAGAGCUGGAAGAGUACCCCCAGGAGGCAGGACGAGGGUUCUCCAGGUUCGGAAAUGGGAAGCAAGGUGACGGUGGCUUCAAGAGAAACAACUGGUUUAAGAAUGGAAAGCAGGGACAUGAUUUUAACAGGUCACUUGAUUAACUCCUGGUACAGAUACGGGACUGAGAUGAUUUUUAUCAAAAAGUAAAAGCCUGUUAGAUGUUCCUCUUUGUCUUUCUUCCUUGAUAAAGAAGCCUGUCUUAGGAAGAUGGCUAAAAAUGGUGGUUCCUGAAAGGACUGGGUUUUUUGGAAGAUUUUUCUCUUUGCCCAGCAAAGCAGCUGCUGCCGCUUCUUGCCACGAAGGCCCUAUGGGUCUCAAGGGCUGAGCAUUUCACCCGAAACUUGGCGCUGUGGGUGAUCCAGUGCACUUCCGAACAUGCAGUUACGGCCCCCUGCCUGGUCAGCAGCCCUCCUGCGAAAAAUCUAGUUCUAAAAAAUUUUUUUUUCAGAAAAAUUUGAGGUCA